AAGUUGAAGAUAAUUCUUUCCUGAAAUCUUUUCGUUGCUUGCUGUAGAGAUCUAUUGCGAUAUAAUUGACCUUUCGUAAUUUCAAGCCCCAGUCUGACCUGUACAGGAAGAAGACUAAUAUUUGGUCUUAUAAAUAGCAGGUUGGAGGAGCAGAGUCCUUUUGUACAUAUCUUUGGUAGUGUUUUUGAUUCAAGUGGCACUUAUUUUUUGGAGCUAUCAUGGCCCCUUCCGCAAGAGCUGAGAAGGCCUUUAGCUAUAUGAAUGCGACCUUGGGAAUUUCUAAGGAGCAGGUGAAGCCAGUGUUGAUAAAUCUGUUAAGAGUUUAUGAAGGAAAUUGGGAACUAAUUGAAGAUGAAAAUUAUCGGACACUUAUAGAGGCGUACCUUGAUUCCGAGAAAGACAAGGCAGUUGAAGGUGAGAGAAAACCUAAUGGCAGUGGUGAGGGUGGACAAAAAUCAACAGGGGAACCGUUCUUGGUAGAUGUAGAUGGUGACCUUGUUUUAUCAAUCAUGGACAGCUCAAGCAAAAUGUUUAGUGCAGAAGACAAAAAGCCAUCAUCAAAGGUCUUUGAGCAGAAAAACAUUAAGCGAUCUCAAACCUUCACGGAAGAUGAUAGGCCUCAAACCAGUUCACAGGCAUUACAUUCAACGGCGAGUGAGGCCAAAAAGAUCUCUAGUUUACCUCGUGGAUCAACUAAGGGUAGAGAAUCAGACCAUGAGAAAGCAUCAUCUGCAGGGCACCGUGGCCGGUUCGAGAUGAACCCUGUGAAGCCAAGAGCUAAGAAACCCAAAUUACUUAAUUCGACGAAUAAUGCUGGAGAUCUUUGUGUUAAACCUCCGUCAAAUCAGGAUUUGCAAAGUAAAAAUCUUGUACCUGCCUGCAUCAAUGAUACCCGUGCUUAUAAUGGAUCUAUUACAAUCGGUAGUUCUUCACGUCUUGAAGAAGUUAAAAUAUCUUUGAAUUGUGACUCAGCCUUGGCAGGACUCAACUUCAGUAUUCCUGAUUUGGCUGUUGUUAUGAAGUUCAUGGACAGGAAGUACCUUAGCUCUAGCAAAACUGCUGACCCUCAAUUUUCUACGGCAAAGCUAUUGAAUGAUCUUUGUAGCAUUUUUCUCAAGUUGGGGAUUCGAAAGGGAUCAAAUUCCAACCUAGCCAAUUCAAAUACGCUGCAAUACGCUAGUGAAGAAGAAAGGAAACCCUUUAACUUUAUCAGUGACAUGACAAAAGGUUCAGAAAAAGUGAAAAUAUCGUUAAUAGAUGAAUUUGGCGGUGAAACCUUGCCAAAGUUUAAUUACAUACCAUGCAAUAUAAUAUAUCAAAGUGCUAUUGUAAGUAUUUCUUUAGCCCGGAUUUCGGAUGAGGGUUGCUGUUCUGAUUGUUCAGGCAACUGCCUUUCCUCAUCAUUACCUUGUGCGUGUGCUCGGGAAACUGGUGGGGAGUUUGCUUACACUCCUCAAGGUUUGUUGAAAGAAGAGUUUCUAACAGCUUGCGCGACUAUGAAGACUGAACCUAAAGAUCAUCAUUUUGUGUACUGUCAAGAGUGCCCUUUAGAGAAGUCCAAGAAUGAGUACAUGCCUGAACGAUGCAAGGGGCAUAUGGUAAGGAAAUUUAUAAAGGAAUGUUGGAGGAAAUGCGGAUGUGACAUGCUUUGUGGGAAUCGGAUAGUGCAACGAGGUAUUGCAUGCAAAUUGCAGGUGUUCUUAACUCGAGAAGGUAAAGGAUGGGGCCUUAGACCGUUAGAAGAUUUACCAAAAGGAACUUUUGUAUGUGAAUAUGUUGGAGAAAUAUUAACCAAUAUGGAAUUAUACGAUAGGAUAAUGCACGAGAGUGGUAAUGACAGACAUACAUAUCCUGUAACUCUUGAUGCGGACUGGGGCUCAGAAAAGGGGUUAAAGGAUGAGGAGGCACUAUGUUUAGAUGCAACAUAUAAUGGAAAUGUUGGAAGGUUCAUCAAUCAUAGAUGCUAUGAUGCAAAUCUCAUAGACAUUCCCGUUGAAAUAGAGAGUCCAGAUCACCAUUAUUAUCAUCUUGCCUUCUUUACCAAUAGGAAUGUGAGUGCGUACGAGGAAUUGACAUGGGAUUAUGGUAUUGAUUUUGAUGAUGAAGAUCAUCCUAUUAAAGCAUUUCGGUGUUCUUGUGGAAGCGCCUUCUGCUAUGAUAAGAAACAAAAAGAUAUGGUUAGAAUACGAGGAGAUCGACCGACCGCUUCAGCUCGUAGAAGGGGUCAACACGAGGCUGAUAUUGUUAAGGAUGAUGUUGUUCAGCCUGAGACUUCCGAUGUUGCUCAGAACCAGGAGCAGGGGAUUGGUAAUGAUGGUGUAGGAUUUCCAGGUGGUCCCUCUGAUACAUCUUUAUUGACUCGGUACCAGGAUCAUGUUGCACGUAUCAUAUGGGAGGGUCAGGAUCGAGUUGUGAAACUAGUCUCCCAUAGUAAAAAAGUGAAAAGAUUUGGUCGUCCUCACCCUUCUGUUCUCCCUUUUGUGGUAAAUUCUGGAUUAUCGCCUUUGUGCGAUAUUUUAUAUGACUAUCCCGAUACUGGAUUAAUCUUGGGUUUCGUGGAGAGAUGGCAUCCUGAGACUAAUAGUUUUCAUCUACCAAUUGGUGAGAUGACUAUCUCUUUAGAUGACGUGUGGUCCCUCGUUCAUCUUCCUAUCACCGGAGAGUUUUGCUCAACUGAACCUCUUGAAUAUGAAGAUUCAAUUCAGAUUAUGAUGACACUUCUUGGGGUUGAUCGGGCUAUGGCUUCCGAUGAGUUGAAUUAUUGUCGGGGUGCACAGGUCAGACUUAGUUGGCUGAGAGACCUCUAUAACAGUUGUUGUGAUAACCAGCUCUGGGAGUUUGCUGCACGAGCAUAUCUUUUGCAUCUUGUAGGGUGCACCAUAUUCGCUAAUAAAAGUGCGAGUUUUGUUCAAACCCAUUACUUGAAGUUGUUUAGAGAUCUUCCUAUAUGUCGUAAAUAUGCUUGGGGAGUUGCUGCUCUUGUCUACUUUUAUGAGCAACUAGGAGAUGCUAGCUUUGCAAAUACAAAGCAAUUAGCUGGAUAUCUACCUCUUUUACAGAGUUGGAUAUACGAGCACUUCCCUACAUUGGGAAGGAAGCAGUUACGUGAUACAUAUGUGGAAACUGAACCCCGUGCCACACGUUAUGUCACUGGACGCGUUACUUCCACUAUAGUUGAUAUUAGAGUCCAGUUGGAUGCUUUAACAUAUGAUGGGGUGAUUUGGUGCCCAUAUGGAACACAAAGUCCUGCUCGACCACUUGUUGUAUCUGCCAUGUUUUCUGGCUUCCUCAGGCUUGGUAUCCUCGUUCAUCGUCAUUUGCCAGAACGUGUGUUGCGACAAUUUGGGUUUAUGCAGCCUAUUCCACGAUCGCCAAAUUCCCUUCCUAUGGUGGACUUUGCUACUAUUGAUGAUCGGUGGAGACACUACGAUCAGUUUGUCGUAGUUCAAGUGGUCCCUGCGCCAACUCCAUUUUCAUGUGUGGAUGGAUAUUUGCAGUGGUUUAGGAGGGUCUCCCAUCCUUACAUUGUACGCGGAGUUGAGGACGAGCGACUCAGCCUUGUGGUUAUGCCCCGACUUCGUCGGAAUUUGCCAGAUGACAUGCCAGUUCAGAGGACAUCAGAGUCAUCAUCUUCUAGUUUAUUGAGUGUCAUUAAAUGCAUUGUCAACGGUCUUCAACGGAUGAUAGAUUGCAGAGAUGUUAGUGAGGGCACAGGUGCUUGGGAUCGCACACAUGAGUUAUUACAGAUAGCUCGUGAUGCAAUAGAAAAGGAAGAGAGUAGAGGAUGACGUAGAGUUGAGGACGAUGACCAUCUAUAUAUGGAUAGUAAAUUUACGUUAUAUUUGUAUUUGAUGUUAAAUUUACAAUUUUAUAUUAAGUAAUUCCAUAUAUGAUUACAAAUUCAAACGUUUAUUUUGUUAGCAA